AGACUCCCCCUCCCUCUCCUCAAUCUUGCAGCGCCGUUGAACAAAAGAGAGAGAGAGAUGAGGUAGCAACAUAGCAAGCACAAGAGCGCAAUUUGACAUCACACGGCGUGGUCUGUAGCCUAAUUUUACUGUUACAGUUUACCAUAGCUUGUAUCAAAAGAAAAAGACAAUUCGGCGAAUUCUGGGUGGAGAUUUUAAUCGUAGUUUAUUGAACUUGUGUUCUCUUUUUUACUACACGUUGCAUUUUCUGUAAUAUUUGGAAUUGUGAUCAAGAAAAGCAAAAUGUUAAGGAUAAUGUUUCAUGUCACUCAAUAAGAUCAGUUGAAGAAGAUCAAAAGUCCAAUCAAGACCAAUCACCAAACAGGCCCAAACUACCAGUGAAAACAACAUCGUCCGCAUUCUGCCAUGGCUUCCAACACCAAUGCUGCCCCCAGUGGAGCGGAGGGAGAACAGCAGCCGGAGCAGACUAUCACCUCCCAGCCAACCAGCGCUGAGCACCAAGAGACAGCCCAUGACUCCAGCCAAUCGGAAUCCAAAGACCACUUGGCAGUAAUCAGCGAGAAGAUGGAGACCAGUAAUGGAAUGUGUGCUGCCGACUCCUCGCCCACAUCUUCCAUCUCGUCCCCCAAGCGACUGCAACACGCAAGACCAACCAACGGCCGUGCCCGGAAAGGAAGCCGCUCUGGGUCCCUGCUGGGUCAUGGGGCAGGGUCUCCCAGGCCUUCAAUCAGCCGUCAGCCCAGCACCGUGACAGAGGAGGACAACGGCAAGCCCCCUAGAGACUACCUGAUCCUGGCCAUCCUGUCCUGCUUCUGCCCCUUGUGGCCCAUCAACAUCGUGGCUCUCGUCUUCUCUGUUAUGUCGAGGAACAGCCUGCAGCUGGGGAACAUUGACGGGGCGCGGCGUCUGGGCCGGAACGCAAUGGUGCUGUCCAUCGUCUCGUUAGUUGGCGGGGUCAUCAUCAUCAUCGCAGCCAUCGUCUUAAACUGGGGAAGUAUAAUAAAAUCCUGAGGGUCACCAUGGAAACCAAGAGCAAGAUCGCAAGACAGCACACAAACAACCAUCCCAACCAGACUUUUCCCCUUUCCUACGAUCAAAACACUAUUCUACAAAAGCACCUGCAACCUACAGUAUAGUCCCUCGUCCCCGUUUUUUUGCUGCACGAGCAUGUAUGGCCUGUAAUAUGUUCUCUGAAACAGAUAGACAAGUCCCUCAUCUCUACCUCCUACACCACGGACCCCAACGCUGCCACCAGUGGUGUAGUGCAGGGUAAACGUAUGUAAACGCCGGAAACGCACGUUUUUAAUUUUGCUCGAGUGUUUACCCACCUUUUGCAGACAAAUGCAUUAUUGACCGUGAACAGUGAUAAAGAGUUACCCACCUAUUUUUUGGACCACUCGUCACUGGCUGCCGCCAUCACUCAGAAAGUCGAAGGCGUCACGCAGAACAACACUGAGGUAGGAUAGACAAGAGACAGCCAGACUGGUUCCUCUGAAUGAGAGAGACACGUCUAACAAGUCUAACUCUGGUCAACGAGGCCAUGAUCCCCUGCAAUGGUUGCAUGAGUCUCUCAGACUGUAUUUAAAGUCUCUGCAUAGUAUUCCAGGACCAGGCUGCUCCUCCCGAGCGGCUCCGAACGUGACAAAACACGGUGUCGCCGAAAGGACAUCUGCUUUUCUCUGUAAUGGGAUUAUGUUCUUCCACUGUACCAUUAAUCUCCAGUCUGUCCACACCACUGUAACACAACCAAGGGAUCCUUUUAACUGUGACGUCAAAACCAUCUCACACUAUAGGAGCAUGUUAAAGAAGUCAAAGGAAGAGUUAGGGAGGGAGGGAGGGAGGUGACAGGGAUUGG